AUGAGGGCUGUGCUGCUACUGGGCCUGCUGGCCACGGCCAGCGCGGUGCACCUCGAUUUCUCGAGCGGCACUCUGGACGGAUGGACGCACUCUGACGACGGCAAGUACGAGGGAAAAUUCGUGGUGGCCACCCCUGAGGGCCUGGACGCAGUGACGGCGCUCAAGGUGCCAGAGAAGGCCAAGCAUUAUGGCAUCAGCAAGCUGCUGCCGGCGGCGGUGGACCCCGCCAGCGACCUGGUGCUGCAGUUCGACCUCAAGCUGACCAACGGCCUCAGCUGCGGCGGCGCCUACAUCAAAUUCGUGACUGAUGAGGCUUCCUUCACCCCCAGCGGCCUCAAGGACGACACCCCUUACACCGUCAUGUUUGGGCCCGACAAGUGCGGCGACACAAACAAGGUGCACCUCAUCCUGCGCCACAAGAGCCCCAAGACCGGCAAGAUCGAGGAGAAACACCUGCAGUCGCCUCCCUUUGUGGAGACCGACUCAAAGACCCACGUGUACACCGCGAUCCUGCGCGCCUCCAACAACAGCUAUGCGGUGCUGGUGGACGGCGAGGAGAAGAAGUCGGGCAGCCUGUUUGACGACUUUGAGCCCCCCAUCAACCCCCCCGAGACCAUCCCUGACCCAGAGGACAAAAAGCCCUCCGACUGGGUGGAUGAGGCCCGGAUUGCCGACCCCGAUGCCAAGAAGCCCGAGGACUGGGAUGAGGAUGCGCCCCGCGAGAUCCCCGAUGAGGAUGCCAAGAAGCCCGAGGGCUGGCUGGAUGAGGAGCCUGAUGAGGUGGACGACGCUGAGGCCAAGAAGCCCGAGGAUUGGGAUGAUGAGGAGGACGGCGACUGGGAGCCCCCCAAGGUGCCCAACCCCAAGUGCAAGGACGCCCCCGGCUGCGGCGAGUGGAAGCGCCCCAGCAAGCCGAACCCUGCCUACAAGGGCAAGUGGAGCGCGCCCAUGAUUGACAACCCCGCCUACAAGGGCGUGUGGAAGCCUCGCGAGAUCCCCAACCCCGAGCACAACAAGGACCCUGCGCCCCUGACCAACAUUGGCAAGGUGGGCGCGGCCGCCAUUGAGAUCUGGACCAUGGACGACGGCUACUUCUUCGACAAUGUGGUGGUCAGCAACAGCGAGGCUGAGGCGGCAGAGGUCCGGGAGAAGAGCUGGGCGCCCAAGAAGGUCAUUGAGGAUGCCAAGGAGGCUGAGGAGAAGGCCAAGGCUGAGGAGGCAGCCAAGAAGGCAGAGGCGGAGGCGGCGCCGGAUGCAGCAGAUGACGAUGGCGAUGAUGAGGACGACAAGGAGACUGAGGAGGAGAACAAGGCGGAGCUUUAG